UCCUCCUUCUUGAAAUACGCAAAAUUGAGACGUCAUCAAGGAAGUGAAUGAAAGACCUGAAGGAAACUCAAGCUGACCUUCAAGUUCGUGCAGCGGGUUGGCGUCUGUCACCACCACGGGCAGAAGAGGAGACAGGACCAUGUGGCUGCUCCCUGCUCUGCUCCUCUUCCUCCCAGGUUUUUCUACUGCUAAGGAUCAAAUCACAGGUCCAAGCAUGGUGAGUGGCCAGGAGCGGGGCUCCUUGACUGUGCGGUGCAGGUAUGACCCCCACUGGAAGGGUCACAAGAAGUACUGGUGCCGAGGAGCAGAUUGGGGUACGUGUGCGACUCUUGUCCAAACUGAUACAUCGGAGAAGUUGGUGGAGAAGAACCGCGUGUCCAUCAGGGACAACCAGACAGACUUCAUAUUCGUAGUGACCAUGGAGGACCUGAGGACAAGUGAUGCCAGCAUUUACUGGUGCGGGAUUGAGAGAAUUGGUAACGAUCCCGGCUUUAAAGUUAAUGUGAACAUUGACCCAGACCCACAAAUACCUGUUCUAACAGUGACAACCACGGCCCCAGUUUUGACAUCCACACCUUCAACCAGGGAGAACACUGGAAACCAUGGAGAGACUCAAACUAACCCCCCCACCUGGUCCCUGCUGAGCAGCAUCUACUUCCUGAUCCUGGUCUUUCUGGAGCUGCCCCUGCUCCUGAGCAUGCUCAGUGCAGUCCUCUGGGGCCCCGGUUCCUUGGAGUACAUAUGUCAUCCUAAGUCUGUGGACCACUGCCAGAUGUUUGACCAAAUAUCUGGGAAAUGUGGCCUCACCAAGUGGCAUACAAGUUCACCACUGUCCUAUUGGAUAUCUGUAGCUUACAGAAAGAACACAAGGUAUCAGUCAACACACCAGUGACUAAGUGUGUUCCAAACACAGAUGGAGCAGUUGACAGUGUGACUGCCCCACUUGUCCCCUCAGGUUCCCAUGGAGUAUGCCAAUCAUGGUUCCUGAAGUCUAGAUCCCUGGCCCGGUGAGACCAAAUGGGGCAUGCUGCAGAAUAUUAUUUUAACUAUGUAAAGCCGUAUUACAUUUGUUUAUGUUGCAGAAUGUUACUUUAACUGUGUAAGGGUGUGUUACAUUUGUUUAUGCUGCAUUUGUUUAAUUAUGAAAAGAUGUGUUGCUGUUUAACCUCGCCAACCUAAAGCACCUAAUGGGUUUAAUAAAAAGGUGAACGGCCAAUGGGCAGGCAGGAGAGGGAUAGAGAGGGCUGGCAGACAGAGAGGACAAAUACGAGGAGAAAUCUAGGCUAGCGAGAAGAGAAAAGCAAAGAGACUGGGAAGAAAGAAAGAAAGGCAAAAAUCCUGGAGACAAAACAUAAAUGAGGAGAAGCAGGAUAAUUUAAGUUAUAAGAGCCAGCCAGAAACGACCCCAAGUGAAGGCUGACCAUUCAUAACUGGCAUGAUUUGGGAGCUGGUUGUUGGUCCAAAAGGAAAAGUCUGUCACAGGGGAGUUAACUGGGUGAAGGGUGCUGUCCUCUCAAGAACCAUGAGACCACAUGAGCCCACUGUGUUGUGAAAUUAUCAUUUUGUACACUGUGAAGAUUUGCCACUUGGAUUGGUUUAAUAAAAUGCUGUGGGCCAAUAGCAAGGCAGGUUUUGGGGAACGGUUGGAAAAAGGGGAGUCUCCAGCUAGACACAGAGGAAGAAGAACAUGCAGGAGGACAGGUGACAGCCGCAAGCCAUAUGGCAGAACGCAGAUUGAUAGAAAUGGUUUAAUCUAAGUUAUAAGAACUAGUUAGAAAUAAGCCUAAGCUAUAGGCCAUGCUUUUACAAUUAA